AUGAUAGAUUUAAAUGUAGCAUGGCCAGGAGCCGAAGGGGCUCGCAGAUAUGUCAAGGAUUCCUCGAAAAUUGGAUGGUCUACUAUUGGGUUCAAUGUUUACUUUAAAGCAGACAAAAAUGGUGUACAGCCAUUGAAGGUCGAAACGGAUUUCAAUAUCGACAAUCUGGAAGAAGACCUGGAUGAGACUCCAGUAGCGUCAGUGGAUAACCUAAUGACAUCUGUAAUAGGAACUUCCGUCUGUAUACAGGAUAUUUCUCUGGGGAAAGACUUUUUGAGAAGGGCAACAAUACUGCUAUCGGAAGGAUUGAAACCACAUACCCUGACAAAAUUCGUAGAAUCGAAGGAUUAUGAUAUACUCAGCGUUAUUCCUACCUGUCAAAAAACUUUCCAAAGUGCCUGUGAAAUUGUUAACUGUGAUGUGAUCAACAUGGAUGUGUACUGUCUCUAUUCACCAUUUAAAAUCAAACGCGGGCUUGUGACCUCCGCAUUGCAAAGAGGUUGCUUUUUUGAAGUAUCCUUAUCAGGAAAAGAUAUAUGUAAUGCUUUGAAAGUUCACCAAGUAGUAGGAACUAACCAUCCGGGUGAUCUAUCCAUGGAAUAUAGGUCAAAUUUUUCAUAUUUGCUUCGCUAUAUACCCCUCAAAAAACUCGUAAUAUCCAGCGGUUCAGCAUCUUUAAGAAAUAUUAUGGAUCCAAAUUUGAUAAUCGGCAUGUGUAAUGAACUAUUUACACAUGCUAUAGGAGAACCUUGUGAUGUUCGUUGUUGUGUGACGAAAGCACCUGAAGGAUGUAUUUUAAAAGGAGCAGCUAGACGUACCUAUGGUACUGGGAUCGUAUCUUGUAACAAGAAUGACACUAUUGGACAAAAUUUUAUUUAA